AUUAAAAAAGAACAAAAUACAGUAUUUGUAUGAGAUCUUUCUAUUACCGGUUGCCCAAGUUAUAGCUCACUUCUUCUAGUUGUUUAACUUGAACUUUUGGAACAAAAUGUUAAAACUUACAUCCUAGCGAGAAAUAUUCAGCUCAGCCUUACACUAAAAUCUUUUAAAAAUUUAGUACCAGUAGUAGCUUAGACUCUAAAUUAGGAAAAAGUAAAUUUAAUUCUUUCUUUUGUCAUUUAAUUUCAAAAUAUUUUGAUACGAAUGCAUCGAAUGAAAACUAUUUACUGUGAAUUAAGGUUGCUAUUGUUAAAAAGUAUGGUAUGGUAGCUUUCUCACAAUCACAACAACAUAUAUUAUGAUAGGUUUUAUUAACAUCUUUUGAUCUUUUUCUUUUCCUUAGAUUUAACGUUUUUCUUUCAACGCGAAACGUUAGGAAAUGAUAAAUAUAAAUUCAUGCUUCUUCCAUCCGGUAGCACCAUUUGGCAAAUUUCACUUAUACCACUCGUUCCUCUUUGUAUGUUUCGUUUCAGUAUACGGCAGACAUUUUCAAACUACACACAUAGAAAAGUGACCGUAUGUAGACGAGGGAAAAGCUAAAAUUUUCCAAUUAAGAUUUCAGUAAUCAGUGAUAAUUAUAAAAUUCAACAAAUAUAGUGUUAAACUAACAUUUGCUGAAACGUUUAAAUAAAAGCAAGCAUUUUUAUCAAUAAAUAUACUGCGUUUUUAAAUAAAAUGAGUUCGGUGGAUGCGAGUGGUGGAACUGGUGGAGGUGGCGCACCUGGACCCGGAGGUAGCAGUGUAGGGGGUGGUGGUGGUGUUGGAAGUGGUGGGGGACCUGGAGGUGGAAAUUCAAAUGGAACCAUAAGCACCAAUUUGGCUGGUAUGGGAUCAACGCAGCCAACAACAGGAGAAGCACAAAAAAACAUAAAAACCCAUUUCAUACAACCUAACCUCAUUCAGCAAAUUGAACAACAUCAGGCACCAGUGCAUUCAACAGUGUCCGCUAUCCAAUCACCAAUGACAUCAACUAUUACGACUACAACAACUUCAAUUGCAAGACACCAACAACAAACGCACAAUCUUCCUAUACUACCCAAUCCCUAUACAACAAAAUCAUGUUCAAAUAAUUUACAAACUCCUCCCAUCCAUUCACCCGUACACACUGCACACUUACCUACAAGUGAUAUUCAUUCCCAUUCACACAAUCAAACCCAUGCUUACAGUCAAAGCCAUACUCAUCAAACACCCCUGCAGUUUAUUAAAACAGCACAAAUCCAUCCUUUUUCUUUUAAUCCAGUUUCAGCAAAAAUUUCACAUGGCAAUAUGGUGAAUACUGGCGCUACUGGCGGUAGCAACCUACAAAUUGGUAGUAACGUCGUGAGUGGCGUUAGCACUAUAAUGACCAGCAGUGUUUCAACAGCUGGAGGUAUUAAAAUGACUACAGCUGGUGGAGCUAUAGCGACAUCCAUUGGCGGAACACCUAUUGCCCUCAAUGUAGCACAAUCGUCUUCAGCUAUACGUACUAUCGGCGGUGGCGGACAAUCGACACAGGUGCGUGUUGUCAUGCCCACCAAUAUUAUACCGAUCAAACAAUUCGAAGGUGCCACAGGUGUUGGUCGUACGCAAAUUACAGCUAUACCAGCGGGGGUUACGGGCGUUACUUCUCGCACAGUGUCUAAUACAUCUAUAACUGUAACGAGGCCGGUCACGCAAACAACAUAUUUGCCGCGAGCGGGUGUAACAGCCACACAAAUGACAGCUGUGGGUUCGGGACAAAGGCUUGUAACACCAAUACGUACAGGACCGGGUUCCGGAUCAAUGGGUGCUGGUGCAACAGUUACGGGGCUAACAGCAGCAGGUGGCUUUGUGCGGGGUACUGCCACAACCGUCAAUCGUAAUACAUCAUCGCCAGCUACGUCAGUAAUUUCUCCGGCAACUAGUACGACUUGGAUGCAAACUAAUACGGGUGGACAAGUGCAACUUAUAAGAACCAUACCACAGCCAACACAAAAACGAAUAAUCACUGCGCAAGGCAUGACCACAACUAGUGGUGCCUACAGCAACACUGGUAUUAGCGGUGGCCUUGGAACAUCGGUUAGCGGUACAGUGCUUGCAAGCACGCCACCCACAGUUGUACAGACAGCUGGCGGCGGUCAAACGCAAACACAGCAAGGUCAAGGUGCACAAUCUACGAUACAAGCAGUGCCAUCAUCUGGAGUGGCACAUAGUCAGUCACAGUCACAGCAACAGCAAACGUACGUUGCUACAUUAGCUACUGUUUUGCCACCACGCCAACAUCAAGCCACAUUAGUUUAUUCAUCAAAUGUAGCGGCAACGUCACAACCCCACACGCAGCAAACGCAACAGUUCAAUCCGACACUAGCAGCUGGCCAGCGACUUGCUGUUGCUACACAGCUCUCUGGCGCAGGUACUUCCGUGGCCGGAACAACAUCACGACAAAUACGCCCAAUACCGAUACCGAAAUCUUUCUCCGCCGCCAAGUUGAACACGACUAGCAUAAGUAUACGUGCACCAAAUAUAACCUCUACAAUUCAACCGGUCGGUAGUGGUGGUGUGGUCGGUAGCGGUAUUAAUUCUGUGGUGGGGUCGGGCAAUACAACUGCUAGCAAUUCGCCACGCAAUACAACUAUGAGUGGCGUAACUACAGGUGUUGGCAACAACGUCAUACCGACAUCGAAUUUACCUACCACUCGCAUAAUUCAGUUGCAACAACAGCCGGGAAGUUCUACACAGCCUAUAAUUGGCUCAACGGGUCGCAUUUCGGGUAAUGUCAUGUUCCAGCCCAUCAUUGUCAAUACAUCAGGAACUGGGAAACUCGUAUCUGGUCUACGGCAACCGGUCUCGAUGACUGCUAAACCUUCACUGACCAUAACACCAUUCGGUUUGGGUAAGUUACCCACGGCCGGCGGAGGCAAUGCUACGCAAAUAGGCGUCAAUUUACCGCCACAACAGAACGUAACAACGAGUAUACAAUCAACGUUAGGCGGUAAUAAUAGCGGUGGCGCUAGUGGCGGCAACUGUUCACCUGCUUUAUCUUCAACUACGCCCACUUCAAGUUGCGGUGGCGUUACAAAUCUAUCUACAGCACAACUUGUGAACGUUUCGCAGGCAGCAGCAGCAGCUGGCCAACUGUUAACCACACAGAACAUUGUUUCAUCAGGCGCCGGUGGUGGCACCACAGUUCUGCCAUUAGCCAUAACGACACGCGGUAGUAAUAUUCUAACAGGCACCAUAACCCCACUGAAGAAUGCUGGCGCUAUAACCGUGGGAAAAGUGAUGAGUGCAUCUAAUACAAGCAAUUUGGAUAACAACAGCGUUUCAAGUGGCGCUAGUAUUAUAACAAGCAGCGCUGGACCACCAAGCGUUUACAUACAUCAAGCGAACACAGCGCAGCGCACGCAUGCCACAAAUUUACAUGCGGCUUCGUCAACUUCAAGCAACAAUACUACAGUGCUCACUGCAGGUGGUGGUGGUGGUGGUGUUGGUAGUGGCGGCAGUAUACCCACCUCAGCUGGUGCGUUUUUGCCACCAGGCGGCACUAUUUAUUAUGAAUCUGUGCCUGCUAGUUCAGUACAAGUGUCCACUGGUGUCCUAUCGCUCACAACCACCACAGCAACAAGCAGCACUUUGCCAAUAACGCAAAAUCAAUUGGUGAAUGCGGUGUCCGCCUCCAAUUUGGCAAUUUCAUCAUUACCCUUCGCUGCAUCUGCAGCUUCGCACGCUGCAAAUUCAACGGCCACAUUUACUGUGGUGCCAUCAACAGGAGGACGUUCCAUCGGUCAAUUACAAAUACCGGUUUCCAGUGCGGCAGGCUCCCAAAUUCAGGCUGUGCCGCUGCGUUUUAGCGCACAAUUGCCUGCAGCUCCUCAGGGUGUCGCCAAUGCCAGUUCCUCCAAUACAAUAUCAGCUGAUUCGAUUUCCGUGUCGCAAGCAACGCAACAAUUGUUGCAACACGGUGGUGUUACCAGUGGACAACAGCUUAUUAUACCAGCUUCAGUAGCUUCAGCCGGCCACCAUGUUGGCAAUAGCUCAACCACGGCAACACUAACUGGAGCGCAGGGUCAGCAUGUAGUAAUACCGCUGCAAACGUCGAUUAAAGUGACAGGUGGUGGUGCAGGUUCAACUGUAGUUUCCAAUUUUCUACGAAAGCGUGAUGCAGAUGGCUCUCCUAUACGCGCUGCAAAAAAUCUUGCACCUACAUUACUCUCCAUGGGCAAUAGUAGUGGAAAUGUUAGCGGUGUCUCCGUUCUAACCAAUGUCACGGGUUCGCCAGCCGCCUCUUCGGUGGGCAGCGCAUUCAGCAUCACGUCUGUGGCAUCAUCAGUAGCAUCCUCAAUGGGUUCGGCACAAACGACGACCUCAUCCACACUGACAACGGAGGCAUUGGCUAAGAAGGAUCGUGCGCAGGCCGCAGUGUCUAGUGGUGCCAUUGGCGGCCAGCGUGUGGCGCGUGGCGAGUCUCCUGCUUCAUCAGAUGGCUCGACAACGGUAUCGGCAAAUUCAUCACCGGGCGUAGAGCAACAAAUGCAAGAUGGUAAUAUGAUGAUGAUAAAUCAUAUUACACAAGGGCCAAACGAAGCCACACAUUUUAAUCCCAUCAAUGAGAUGUACGCAAAUCACCAUGGAAAUGUCAACGUACCACAUAACGUACUGUUGAGCGGUAUAUCUGUCACACCGAGCAGCUCACGCACAUCCUCGCUGGAUCAUCAUCCGCAAUUGCAUGUACCGUUGGCAACAAGUACUGCUCGUCUCAAUGGUGGGCCCGUUGAAUGUUCGACGCGCAAGCGAAACAGACGUUCAACCAAUGACAGUCAACUUUCGAGUCAUAGUCAAAGUUCACUUACUCUCCCACCACCAACAGCAACUGGGGUUGCCGCCAGCAAUAUGAGUAAUAGUAAUAAUAGCGGCAACAAUAGUCAUUAUGAGUUGUCGACUGCGACUGGCAACGGCGGCAUGUUGUUAGCACCAGUACACGGCUCAAUGGCGCCUGGCGCUGCUGGCAGUGCGGCAUCACACCAAUAUGAUGGCAGUAGCGCUAAUACCAACGCGAGCAAUGCCAAUGUUGUGCAUAAUAGCAGCGGCAACCAUAAAAAUAACAAUCUGCCGCCCACCACAGGCAAUAAGGAGAACGCCAAACCAACAGAGUUUACAUUACGACGACCGCGUAACUUCUCGCUGCUGCAUACUUAUAAGCAAAACUGGAAGACGGCCAACAAUCAUUUUCAGCGUUACACAGAUGUUAAACCGCGCGAAGAACGCCGGCCUACAGUUAUUGAUUUGGCCAAUCAGACGAAUGUUAUGGGCAAACUUAAUGGCUGGAAAAUCCACCAUUUGAGCUCGCAAAUGGAAGACUUGUGUGAGAACGAAUCGAAUGGACUAGAUCAACUCAAUAAUAUGUUGAAACAAAUGGAGACACAUGAAAAAAAUCCCGAAACCGAGCGCAUAAACGAAUUGUUGAAGGGCAACAUACAGCGCAGCAAAAUUAUUGUAGACGGCAUUCAUGAUGCACAAAGUCAGAUGAUGAAAAUUUUCGAACAUAAAUCGCACAUAUCGGACAUAUUGCAACGUUGCGCAUCAAAGCGUAAUUUCAAAAAGCGUGAAAAAUUUUAAAUAUUAUAUUAUAUUUAAAGCGGCAUUAGCAUUUGUAAAAAACUUAACGUUAUUUAAACAUAAAUUUAAGAAAUCUUAGUUUAUAAAGCAAUAUAAUAAUCAUUAAGUUAUACAUAAAACAACUGCUGUACGAUCUUUAUAAAUGUACAUAUAUAUAUAUACAACCGCAUUAUUUAAUUAUUAUCAUUUUUUUUAAUGAAAGAUUGCAAAUCAAGCGUUUGUACAAAGAAAGCUUAUUGUACAUAAAUAUGUAUGUAAGAUACUCUGUCUGCGUGUUUACCAUUUUGCAACCAACUUUCGUAAAAGGCUAAAAAAUAUGCUUUUGUAUUAAUGCCUAAAACUAUAUGUUCUGUUAUACAAACCUAGAAUUUGCACAAAAAAUUAUUUAAGUUACUAGGUUUUUAAUAAAGAAAAUUGUAAAUUAGUCAAUAAGCUUAUCGCCUGUAAUUAAUAAAUAAUCUCUGCGGCCUACGAAAGCAAUCUGGAAAUAAAAACUUACAGCUAAUUGUAGAUAACAAAAAAUAUUUAUAUAUAUAUAUAUAUGUCGUUUUAAAAAUAAUAAACAGAAAAGGCCCCCAUAAAUUAAGUUGGAAAGUUUAUAGAGUUAAAUAAAUGUUACAAUUUUAAUUAAUUUAA